AUGACAAUUCCAAGUGAAGCUUCUCUGAAGAAACUUUUGGGCAAGGUGAAUCUUCAACCUGGAAUUUGCCAACCAUUUCUGGCUUUGCUAAAAAAAAAAGUACAGUGUUUAAAUGCGCGAGAUCGCCAGUGUGUACUUCUUUUUGAUGAGGUGUUUUUACGUGGUAGAUUGUUUUACAACAUUCGUCAGAAUGUUGUAAACGGCUUUGAAAAUUAUGGGCAACGGGGAAGGACCAACUAUAUUGCAGACCAUGCUAUGGUGUUUAUGGUACAAGGCCUGCAUGUAAAGUGGACCCAACCCGUUGCUUACUAUUUUGUGAGUAAGACGUGCCCUUCCUCUAUGCUGAAGCUUUUAAUUGAAGAUGUAAUCAAGGCACUCUUUGAGAUUGGACUCACUGUCAAAGCUACAGUGUCAGAUCAGGGCCCAACCAACAGGACAGCCAUAGCUGAGCUGCGUCAGAAACAAGGUGACUCCAUCAUGUAUUCUGUUGGUGGACAGACUCUUGUCCAUAUUUGGGACAUGCCCCAUAUCUUAAAGAAUAUUCGUAACAAUCUCAUCACCAGUGAUUUAGAAUUCAAUCAGGGUAAAGUGGCCAAAUGGCGUCAACUUAUUGAAUUCUAUCUCUAUGAUCAGGUACAGCCCAUCUUAUGGUAGUGAAUCUCUAGACUGUGCAUUUUAACAUGGUAAUACUUGUACCCUUUCUUUUCAGUCAAGAAUUAAAUU